AUGCAUAUCACUCCAAUUCCUCUGAGCUGGGGUGAAUCCAAUAAUUAUGCCUACCUUUUGGUGGAUGAGCCCACCAAGAACGCAUGGUUGAUUGACUCAGCCUUUCCCAAAGACGUCUUGAGCUUUCUCGACACGAAAAAGGAGACAUUUGAGUUGAAAGCAAUCGUCAAUACUCACCACCACUGGGACCACGCGGGAGGCAAUAAAACUUUCCACAAGAAGUUCCCGGACUUGCCGAUUAUCGCCGGAAAGGACUCUGAGCUAGUCACCUACACCCCUUCACACCAGGAAGUUAUUGAUUUGGGCGACAAUGUGUCCAUUACUGCACUCCACACUCCGUGCCACACCCAGGACUCCAUUUGCUAUUAUGUCAAGGACUCCAAAACCGGUGAAAAGGCAGUUUUCACGGGAGAUACACUCUUCGUCAGUGGCUGUGGUCGUUUCUUUGAGGGAAGCGCGGAACAAAUGGAUACCGCAUUGAAUAAGAUCUUGGCUAAGUUGCCUAAGGAAACUGUGGUGUACAGCGGACACGAGUACACCAAAUCCAAUGUCAAAUUCAGUAAAACGGUGCUCAGCAAUCCUGCUAUUGCUGCGCUUGAGAAGCUUGCACAGGCCAACGAGUACACGGCCGGCAAGUCCACCAUUGGUGACGAAUUGGAGUUCAAUCCAUUCAUGAGACUUAGCGACCCGCAGGUGCAGAAGGCCACGGGUGAGACAGACAGUUUUGAGGUGAUGGCCAAGUUGAGACAAAUGAAAAACAACAGUUAG